AUGGUGGUGAACACGUGGCGUCAACCGGUCAGGUGUCCGGAAUACGAGUUCGCGUUGCCAGAGGCACGUGCAUCCUUUUUCGUGCAGGUGCCUGGACGGAUAGCAUGUGCCUUUGUGGAACCCCGAGGGACUGCCAGGAUGGCCUUAGGCACCAGCGAAGGGGAAGCGCUUCUGGUCGACAGCCGGAAGGGGGAGGUGGUGGCCCACGCCCAUCCCUUUCCGCAACUUGAGCCAGUGACCUGCGUGUCCAUUUGCUCGGAAACAGCCUACCAGGAUGUUUUUGCCGGACCAGGCAGUGCGGACGGAUCUGUCUGA